UUUUAUUCUACCUACAAUUUUAACCUACACCUAUAAGGCACUCUUGAGUCUUUUAAACUUAAGACAGCAACUGACUUUGUACAGCAAAGCAAAUAACUUUAAGCAAGUCAUUAGUCUUCAGGCUUCACCAUUCAAAACAACUCAGAGAACAAGGCUUCUGUUAAAUAACAUCACUACAAACACAGGUUCGUCCUCAGGUUCGUCCUCCAGUUCGUCACAAGUGCCUGUCUCUCCAAAUGGAUAAGAAACUGGAUAUCUUCAGGAGGGAAUUAGUGGAUGUUCAAGGGAUCCCUCUCUUCUGGAGCAUUGCUGAGCAGUGGUCAGAAGUGGAGUCAUUUGAAGCCCGGCCUGAUGAUCUUUUGAUCUCCACCUAUCCCAAAUCUGGGACAACCUGGAUCAGUGAAAUAUUGGAUUUGAUUUAUAACAAUGGAGAUGCAGAGAAGUGUAAACGGGAUGCCAUCUACAAGCGAGUGCCGUUCAUGGAGCUUAUAAUUCCAGGAUUGUCAAAUGGUAUCGAACUGUUGAAAAACAUGCAGUCUCCUCGACUCGUGAAAACUCAUCUCCCAGUUCAACUUCUUCCUUCCUCAUUUUGGAAAAAUGACUGCAAGAUGGUCUAUGUGGCACGGAAUGCCAAAGACGUGGCUGUUUCUUACUAUUAUUUCUACCAAAUGGCCAAAAUGCACCCAGAGCCUGGCACCUGGGAGGAGUUCCUUGAUAAAUUCAUGGCUGGACAAGUGGGUUUUGGUUCCUGGUAUGAUCAUGUGAAGGGCUGGUGGGAGAAAAGAAAAGAUUACCGUAUCCUUUAUCUAUUUUAUGAAGAUAUGAAAGAAGAUCCAAAGUGUGAAAUUAAAAAAUUAUUAAAGUUUCUAGAGAAAGAUGUACCAGAAGAAAUUAUAAAUAAAAUCCUCUACCAUAGCUCUUUUAAUGUAAUGAAGGAGAAUCCUAGUGCAAAUUAUACCACUAUGAACAAAGAGGAGAUGGACCAUUCUGUGUCACCAUUCAUGAGGAAAGGUAUUUCCGGUGACUGGAAGAAUCAGUUUACCGUAGCCCAGUAUGAGAAAUUUGAAGAAGAUUAUGUCAAGAAAAUGAAAGAGUCAACACUUAAGUUUAGAUCAGAAAUCUAGAGGGUAUUUUCUUCUUAGUCUCCUUUGGCUGGCACUAAAAUUAGAGGGGAAAAUCAUGGAUUAGUGAACUAAAAGGUUGUACAUUAUUUUUCUGUGUUUACACAGUCUACACACCAAAGUUCCCAAUAUCAAGUAGUAAUUCUCUCGUGAUUCUCUUUCUUUUAGAUCAGUUUGUGCAGUAGCGUUCCCCUCACUGUCUAUUAUGAAACAAAUACAAUUUUAUGAGGACUUAUAACAUGGUAUGUUUUCAGUUUCCAUAACUAAUAGCUUCCUUACCCUCUAUACAUGGUUUUCAUUCUCUCAUGACAUAGGCUUCUUAAUGAUGUUAGUCUCAAAGGUUAGGUUAUCUCCUAGAAAAAGGCUACAUUUCAUGAAUUCUAAACCUUCAAUUUAAUCUGUUGAUAUUUUACAUCUUAAGACAACCAGUCUUUAACAGUGUCCAAUUAUUCUAAGUUACAAUGUCAGAAUAUCCUAUUUCACCUUAUGGUUAGUUUAGAAAUACUACAUUUAAAUGAACAAAUCAAGAACAUGUAUUUUAUAGGAUUUAACGUAACGGUUAUUAGAGAGCCAACUCUUUUUAUUCAUAUCAUAUACUGAAGCUAUUGUAAAAUUUAUUGCAGAAAAUAGUGAUGUUUGUUCAAAAUACUUCAACUGGCUAGUCUAUCAUCUACAUUAUAUCCAAUUAGCAUCACUUCUGAGAUGAAAACUUUGUACAAUUGUUACUUUCAGUAAUCUUCCUUUUUCUUGGCUCACUUUUAGAUCAUGUUAGGGUCAUUUUGUUAUGGCUCCUUUUGAAAAUAAUUAUUUCUAAGUGAAACAAAUACUCAUUUUUGAACUAUCGAGAGACAUAAAUUUAAGAUACUUUAGAUUUCUCUCCAGGAACUAAUAAUUAGUGAAAUGCAGAAACUGUAAGAUAGCCGAAUAAAGUACUGUAUGUAUCCAUUCAACUCGUAAUAUUGUUUGUCAUAGCCAGAACCUGGAAGCAACCUAAAUUCCCCUCGACCUAAGAAU